UGCAAAGACUAUAGUCUUUGGUGUUUUUCGCAUCGAGAAAUGUGCAAAGACUAUAGUCUUUGGUGUUUUUCGCACCGAGAAAAAUCGACUCAAAAGUUAGAGAACGUUCUUGUAGCCUUCUAUUUUCGAGGAAAAUAUAAUAAUAAUGACUAUAUUAUACUGAAGAUUAGCACGCCGGUUUUUCGGUGAGGACUCCAAGCGGUGACGCUUAUAUCCACGAUCCUUGAAAUUGUAAAGGAAUCCAGUUUUUGUCACGAAAAAUCGGAAACUCUAGAAUGGAGUCGUCAUCAAAGAAACAAUGGUUCAAACGGAUAGGUGUAACGCCAUUGCAAAAUACGAUUUCUGAUUUUACUACUAUCACGAAUUGUUCACGAACGGAGAAGAAUGGAAGAAGAGUUUCUUUAAAGUCCUUCUCUUCGAUUUGCCGUGCACGUUUCCACGUUGUUUACGAAAAUAAAUCGACGAAUCGAGUCCGGAAGAAUAUUCCUUGAUAUGAAAAUAAUCGAUCAACUUUAACAUGAGUAUAAGCAUUUCGUACGCAUCAAAUCGAUCAAUGAAAGUAAUUCGAAAAGAUAACCGAUCGAAUGAAUAAAAAUACUUUACGCAAAAUCCGAGAACAUUUCUGAAUACCAUUCGCGUAAAUGUAGCCUCGGUGAACAGAAAGAAAAAUCUCGUAGCGUAAUUACAAAUAAAUUGAUUCCCCCGAAAUUCUAUAUAGAACCUCUGCAUUCACGACUGUACAAAGAAUAUUAUAUGUACAUAUAUAUCACGAAAGCUGAGAUAAAAGUAGAAUGUCCUUUUUCCGUCAGAUCAAGCGUUUCCAAAAAAAGUGCAAAAAUCUAUUGUCAUUAUCAUAAGCCGAUUAUGGCUCGUGUCACAGACAGCUGCCGAACUGCAUCAUCGAUUGAUCGAGUAUCCAUCCCUUUUCAUAUAUUCGGGGGAAUAAUCCCGUAAAUACUGAAAUUAUUAGGGACCGAGUAGGUAUAGAUACAGCUAUUACGGGAUAAUUUUUUCCUUUUUCAAGAAAAUUUGGAAAAUGUGUUCAGGGAUUUAUUCACCAACUAUACGAACGAAUAAAGGACAAGUUAUACACCAUUUGCAACGAAACUUGUGCGGCAAUGCGCAGGCAAGCGAUUUUUUUCCGUUUCAUCCCAUGCAAGUGAUGUUCAUAUCUUAAAAUGUGAAGUCAGAUUUUCUUCGGAUAAAAAAAAAAAGUAAAAACGAUCGACUAGAAAACAUGGAGACAAAUAACAACGCCGAUUAAAAUGUUGUCUGAGUCUGAAUUAUGCCGGGCAAUUUAUAAGAGAUUACAUAAUGCGUACCUAACAAAUUAUCCUCAUACAUUGCAGGAUUAGUACAGCGGAAAUCGAAAGUUGAAUGCAAAAGCUGCCGCUACGGUUACCGGUAUAAUACACACCGAAAUAUAUCCAUGUAUACGCGGGACCUGAGUAAAUACGGAGCAGAGUCCUGUGCGGAUCUGCAAGUCAAUGGGUCUCGCCGUAAUUCAAGGGAACGCAACGUGUAGCAUACGUAUACGUACGGUCGAUCGAUUGCUUCGAACGCCGUUUUGUCAAAUUCGUUAGAUGCACGAUAUAAAUUCACAAUUAAUUCCAAGUAUAUUCUUGAUUAAAUUAAUUCAUCUCUUUCAGAUGGAUUUCUGAGGAAAAUUAUUUACGAUACUUGUAUACCUCGCAGUCGUACAAUUUUGCGCGUUGCGCCUUCAAUUCGCAAUCAGUGACAAAGAGAGCUACGUCAAGAACCACUUCGUCCAACCCUCAAUUAUUUUCAGCCGCACAACGUUCGCCCGAUGCAACAAAUUCAAUAUUAUACCGUUCAAAUCGUAUUCCCGAGAAAAUUUCUCCCCAGGUUGAAUCUAUUGCACGUACAAUCGUAUUAACGAACAAUAUACCUACUACCAUAUGAAAUCUACGAUAGAAAUCCUAGAAAUGAAACUACGACUAGGACGGAUUCGUGAAUUAUUAUCCGCACACGCGGCUUCAUAUAAUUUCGCACACAAAAUGUAUUUAUCUCUUCAACGUGGGAAUAAAAUCUUUCUGUUUUUUUUUCUUUCGGAUAAUCCGGAAGUCAGUCCAGGAAGUUAUCGAUCCUUAGGUCGCUUGAUUGCAAUCGCGCACGUUUAAUACAUUAUACUCAGUAAAGUAGUUUUCUUCACCCCGGAGAAUUUUCCGAGUGAUUCGAAACCCAUGCACGGCGUACGCCUCUAACCAGGUCCAUGGUAUACAUCUAUGGCGACGACUAUAGCGACUGGUAUUAUAAACGUAAUUUAUCGCAGAGAACUUGGGCGUAGCUAAAAUACCGUGACAAAUUUUCUCCCCGUGUACCAUGAAAACCCGGUGGCACUGCACUCGAGUACAAUAUAUCGAAAUACUUGAGAGGACUACGAAUUUUCAAUGUCAUCCUAGUUUAUGUUGUAGGAAAAAGAGGGGCGAGGGAUAGCGAUCAUAUUGUCAACCUUUUCAACGAUUCGACGCGCGUUAACCGUCACCACGGAAAAAUCUAAGUAGUUGCAAUGAGAAGUGCGGAACGAGAAGCAAAUAUGCGUCCGAUAAUGGCGUCCGGAUCCGCCGUUAUGUUUAUACAUCCACACGAAUCAAAGUACCUGUACCGGUAUCAUUCGAGCGUUGAACGAGGCUUCCAAAGUAUCGCAUUUGAUUCGAACAGCUGGUUUAAUCAAAUCGAUCGAAUCAAUCGGAUACUCGCUUGGGGAAAAGUGAUAAAUCUAAUCAAUGAAUAAUUAAUUUUUCCAAAGAUAUAUCUCCUUGCUUUCUUCUCUUUUUGUACACCCGAAUAAACAAUUCACCGCCGAAACGCGUACAUCCCGUAUAAUGGAAAGAAUUACUUUGCUCGUGAAUACAACAGAAUCUCCACCACGGUUCAUUGAUCAAAUGCCCGUUGAUCAUUUCAUUCAUUCUCCGCGAAUGAUUUUUCUUCUAGCGCAGUUUUGGGCGUUGCUCACAUCGUAUCGUAAUAUUUUACAUCCCGCAAUGUCGAUUACCGACAAAGAGAGGAGGAGAAAAAAAAUCAUUUGCAUCCGACGAUUCUGCUGCACAAUAAUCGUAAUCGUAAUAAUAAUGACUACGAUGAUAAUAACAAUAUCGUGUACAACGACGAUAAUAACACACCGCACACGGAGGAGACAAGGCGAGAAGCUCGGAAAUUAUACGAAUUUCCGAAUACCCGGCAGCACCUGGACCCCGAAACUCAUCUUAUGCGGCGUGCACGUACAGGCACUAUAGGUGGGUACUUCAGUCGGUAGUCAUUCGAAUAGAAAAUUGGCGUAAAAUUACCGCAAAAGCGAUAUUUUAUUCUGUUCAUGCUCGCGCGCGCUAUCCUAUAUAUCCCCUGUUGAAAUAUAUAGUGGACCGCCCCGUGUACUAUGGGGUGUUUGUGUCACUUUAUGGAGUCUAGAGGUGGUUAGGGAUACAACCUGGGGGUGUCGAGCACCUGGACUUCUUGACAAACUUAAAACGAACAUCAUGCAACGGCUUGCGCCAAGCACACCGACUCGGGAGACUUGCGAAAUAACGAAACGAUCCAUUUCUCUGGCGUGGAUUCCACGCGAGCUACAGGAAUGAUGAUCCCGCGCAGAGAUUGGAUUUUCUCUAUUUGUUAUAGCUGCUUUCGGUUCGGUGGAAAAAAUUGACGGACCGACGCGACGCCGGUUAAUUUGAGGCGUUUCGACGAUGCGGCAUGCAUUAUUAUGCGACACGUGACCGGAUGCAGCAACCCCCUAGGUUUACCCUCUCUCCCGUAUGCACAGGAUUUUGUAUGGUGUAAAUAAAUAUGGUUUGCCCCCCUUCUCGCCCCUGGUGCAGCGUGGCGCUAAAAUUCGAUUUUAUUUCAAAAUCAACGCUCCUGCGCAACAAAGCAGAUAUCAUUGAUCGAAUCAAACCAUAAUGAAUGUGAGAAAUGUGCUUCUUGCUCGAGAUAUCGCGAUGCGUGCGCAAAAUCUAUACGGGCGCGCACCUUAUCCUCUUUUUGUACGUAAUUCCAUUGGCCGAGUGUCCGGAGAAAAUAAGCUUAGACCGCUUAGAAAAAUGAUCCCGCUGUACGCGCGAUGGGAUGUAUUAGGAUGCAAAGUCUGCCUUUUAAGUCGUACAAUGUUUCACGGUUCAAUCAUUACAUCCCGUGAUCUUCUCACUGUUAGACUUGUACAUGGGGUAUGUAAAAUAUCCGCAUAAUAGAAGCGAGUCGCUUUCUCCUUCCUGAAAUUCAUACCGCGAACUAACGGAUGGAUAAAUUGAUGAUGGUCGUAGAGUAAAAUUUUCCCUUCGAAUUCAACGUGCUCAACAAGGCAUGGGGUAUCCUGUAUACUAUCCGUUGAAAUAAGCUCUUCUGCGCGUGUCAAAACAAAAAUUCUAUGUAUAUGUACGUGCGCAUGGUAUAUGGUAUACAAGUUACCGGUAUACGGUGUACAUGCUCGGGGAUAUUUCGAGGGGCACGUAACUGAGAAAUUACCGAAUCAUGUACGCCAGAAUGAAUUUUAGUUACAGACAGAAAGGAGAAAAAGAGAAACAGAGAAAGUGGUAGUCAUUGUUGUCAACAAUACAUGGGGAAAACAACGAACUCAUACCGACAAAAGAGCAGUGAUCCUACUAUGUUCAGAGAUUAUUAUAUUCCAGAAUCCGGGAAAGAUGAUAAAACGAAAAAAAGCCAACCAAUGCGGGAAGGGUGCUGCCGAAACGGGCAUGCGAUUGUGCCGUGCAGAGCUGCGAGUCCGUCGAUGAAAAUAUCGCAACGCGGUCGGUUCCCUUUGAAAUUCGCCCGCAGAGAGAAAAAGGGGUAAAUUUUUCAUUGCGUGAUCUGGUCUAGAUUUUGGGAAAGCGAUAGCAUCCGAUAGUACGGAUAGAUCGGAAAAGUGGUGAGGAGAAGAGAAAAGAAAGAAGGAGAAAUCGACAAUCAUUCGAAUGGCUGGGCUACAGAGCGGUGACAUGUCGAAAUCACGGAAGAUCGUUCUUCUGGUUGAAACGGGUUGAGCGUUAUUCGGAAUCUUUAAAACCCAAAAUUGUUACAACCGAUGAAAGAUAUCUCCCAUUGUCGACUAGAUUCCAACAAAAGGUAUCCCACCGUACUGCCCGUACCCGAUACACAAGAGCCAAUCGUUUUUACAAAAGCGAUUUUCGCGACUUGAAUCCCUCCAAGUUGAAGUAGAUAUACUUUUAUUUCUUCUUUUUCUACCUACGCGUUUUUCUUUAAAUUAUUUGCUCGGCGAGUUACCAAAGUGGUCCAAAAUCGUAUUUGCCAUUCCCAUGAUUAUUUAUGGGAUUUCAUUCCGAUGCCAUUAUGUAUAACCAAUGGUGUGGGUGCCGGUUCAAUGGGAUGUUCUUUUCAAAGAAUCUUUUUCUUUUUUUUUUUCUUCCUUACCCUCUCCCUUUCCCUUUGUACGAAGAUUCACUUCUUCUACUUAUAUUCGCGAUGUGAAAUGAGUCGGUGUAAUUUCAACAACGAAAACCUUGCAUUCAUCGCAGGAGGAAGGAGAAAAGGAGUUAAACAAUCCACCGGGGAGAGCAAGAAUCCAAAUAGACUCGAAUCCCGAUCGUGUCCCCUUCGCGUCCCUGUAUUCCCCGGGGCCGACGUUACAUUUUGAACACGUAAACCAUACGACGUUAAAAUGAUGUACGUAAUCGAUUUGGACCCUUCAACGACGUAUACCUGAUCUCAUUAAAGUUUCUGAUUUAAUGCAACCCUUCCGCUUGUAUUAUGAAUACAUUAUUAUUAUACCCGCGUUAUCGAGAGAGAAAGAGAACCAUCGCAUCAGAGGUUGUGCGGUGUACACGGUGUACACGGCGUGUGUGUACGGGAUGAUUCUACACAUCAAAUUUUUUGAAUAAUACAAAAUGUAUCUCGCGGCAUAUGUAUCCGUACCGGUUUUGAGGGGUGAAAUUUUCUAUGGGGGAGGGGGGGAUUGAAAACGCCAAACUUCGUACACCGCACAACGCGUCGUUGUAUCGGACUCGGACCAUUCCAUCUCACGUUAUUUCACGAUGCGGGGGAUAUUCUGAUUUUUUUUUUCUUCGUUGAGCAGCCCUCCCCAACAGUCUAACUAGAAAAGAACUCUCGUGCACCAUUGGCCAUUUUAUUCCUAUGGGCGUUUCUUAUGCGAACGGGGAGUCCGAAUUAUUAUACGGGGAUCCUGCGGGCACGGUACGUCAGAAUUAUGCAACAUGCACGCAUCGCAUUACCAGGGAUGGUUUUCAUCGCAUUAAUAUUACAGCUUCGUUUGGAGCGACGGUAUUUAUUUUUAUUUUUUUUUUUUUCUCAACCACUCGCGCAACGUGACGCGUCGUUUCGACGGUCUUCAGACAAAUCUUGGGAGGAUAUCGGGAGCAGGUGUUUGAAACAAUAUCGGAAGAACAGUUACGACCGUGCGGGGUUUGUUUUUCGUCAGGACCUAUAUUCUCGUAAUUCCAUAUUCAUACACCACCCCUCGAUAUAAUAUCUGUAAUGGAGUUUCAUUUCGGGUUAAAUGUUAAUUUUCCGCUUCGGUGGGUUCACGGGGUACGGACCCCGUACGUAUACGACUGCACGGUAUCGGAUCGCAACUUAAAAACGUAUAAUAAUCCACAACGAUCGUCGCGCGCAAGGUGUACUCCAGUGAGAACGGUUGAAAAUUUACAACGAAACAGUUAAUAGCGCGAUGGUUUUUUUAAUUUGUUUCCAGAGCGACCCGGCGGCGGUUCUCUUUUUACAUUUCUCCGAUCACGGUUGAACAACGAUUGAAUUGAAUUACGAUUGAUUACGGGCGUAAAAAUGGAAUGAAACAAGGGAUGAUGGUUGAAAAAAAUCCAUACGAAGUAGCGCGGUAGUUCGGGGUACGAAAAACGGCUCCCUUCGGGGCGGGGCCCCCUUUUGAAAGGGCUUUUUCCUCCCCCGGGUAAACCAACCCCUGGGUGGAGUUAAGGAAUAGUAUAUAUUUGGCCGAGGGGCCCCUAGAAAAAACAUAGCGUGCCCAACUCGUCGACGAGGCGGUCGGUUAUUACACGCGUCCAGUAGUACCCUAAAAGUAUUCCGACAACAACAAGUUUUUCAAGUCCGGUGGUAGGUUUUGAAAACAACUCACCGUCGAAAUGGUGACAACUGACAAGUGAAUGAGUGCAGUAUCGAGAUACAUGGAUUACGCCGGACCGACAAAACUGCAAGAAAUUUAAAUUGAAUCGAAUCCUUGCAACUGUGAACUCCGAAGAAGAAAAACUAUGUCGCGAAGUUUUUUCGUUGAUUCGUUGAUCGGGAAUACGACGCCGCCGGCUUAUCCUUUGCCGUACUACGCGGGGAAUCAACUGCCGAACUAUAUGUUCAACCUAUUCAAUCUCGGCUUGGGUUAUCAGCCGGUGAGACCGGUGGCAAGACCGACGCCGAUGUCGCUCCCAGGAACGCUUAGCCCUCAAGGAGUUCAUUCCGGGAUACCUCAUCACGGACAAACUCCCCCAUCGCCGCCAAACACUUCCGUUGGUCGCGUAUCGGACGUUUCGAUGUCGAACGAUUCCACGUCGAGAAACAGCACGCCCACUCCGCCGCCAAAGUCGCCCAACCCUGCAUUGGGGAAUAGUUCGAAGAGGAUACGAACCGCGUUCACGAGUACGCAAUUACUCGAACUCGAGAGAGAAUUCUCGUCGAACAUGUACCUUUCUCGACUGCGUCGCAUAGAGAUAGCGACGAAUCUACGUCUCUCGGAGAAGCAGGUGAAAAUAUGGUUCCAGAAUAGACGGGUCAAGUACAAAAAGGAGGAUCUUCCGUCUGGACAAAAUCAGAAGUGUUGCUGCCUCCGAACUUGUGGCAAAAAGAAAGACGGGUGUGCCGGAGCUGAGACGAAGUGCGACGAAGAUGGAAUUAUUCGCAACUCGGAAAUCUCCGAGGAUCAGCAGGGGAAUAAGGACGUGUCGUCGAACCCGAAAAGUCCAACGGCCAUCCGACGCUUACCGGACAUUUCUCCGGUGACGAAAACGGCGACGGAGAACCCUCGAAAUCCCUCGUCGACUUUCGACCGUCAUCUUCACCAUCACCAACGCCCUCGGCUUCCGCGGUCCGAAGACGAGGGAUGCGGCCUAAGAGGCUCAAGUCAUCAAACUUCUUAUCAUCGCGCUCCUCGAAGCUCCGAGACAAUUAUCCCGACGUCGCCCCGGUUAACGAACACCUACGGUUACCAAAAUGUCUCGCCACAUUACCAGGAUUCCAACGAAUUGCCCAAGGGCAUAAAAAGGUUCCAAUUAAUAUCUCCUGAGAUUGGGGAGGAUGAAAUCAAAAAGCAGAAAAUUGCGACACCUCCAGCUAGCCCGCCAAAGGACGAAACGAACCUCACACCGGUUCGACGAUCCAUCAAAUGCACGAAACACACCGUCGAACGAAUCGUCAAUUCGUAGUAUCGAGAGAAACCAACGGCCGGUCGAGUGAAUUGUGAAAAGAAAUUAAAAAAAAACCCAUCGAGUACUCUUAAUCACAUGUAAAUACUGUACAUUAUUCUGUAAUACAAUAAUUAUACGACCGGGUGUCGAACAGGGGCAUCUGGUAUCUGUGCGUUUACACCAAUAUAUAAUUUAUACGAAAUUUUUGAACUGGAAGAAAAAAAUAUACCGAGAUCGUUUAUCUACCAAAAAUGCAAAGCCGUCGUCUAUUUAUUAUUCAAGUUUGAAUCGCACAACCCUGCAUCCAAUUAAUUCUAAUUGUAAGUAGAACGACAUUCCUUGCAGAUACAUGUAUAGAGGAGAUUGCCAAGUUCCAAGAUGAUAAUCCGUAAGAGGUAGUCGAGAACUUUGGAGACGUACCGGUACCGCAAAUGAUCCGAUCGUUACGGACGAUCGUUCGUCGAGAGGGUCUGAUCGUAAAUCUCAUCAAAUACCCAGAUGGUGGAUAUUUCUGCGCAAACUAUCCAGCGUAUUCGAACAUCUGUUUCGAAACUAAAGCCGAUGUGUCGAAAAUUGCAGAUCUUGAAAAAUUGAAUCCGAAAAUUUCUUCAAUCUUGAGUGGGCAGAGUGCGAGUAGGCACCGUGGAAUUGUGUGUACGAGGAUAGAAAUAUUCCGUAGACGUUUCAUCGGUGUCCUGGAUAGACAAGUUGAGGCGGAACUCGUAGGUAGAGAUGGAGUGGUCUAUUAUCCGGGUCAAACCGUUUGGAAAGUCAUAAAUUGUCGAAAAUUUGUCAAGAGGUACCGAACCAAACCAACCGCGGGCCCCCACUUUGGGUUAAAUUAUAGGUAAAACGUUGUUAAUGGUGUUAAGGAUCAUCCGACAAUGUACGUCUCUCAAGUUUUCAACAAUGUACCAUAACCGGGGGACACUUGCCCCGGAAUGGCACGGCGGGCGGUCAUUUACGAUUUUCAUAAUAGUAGCUGCCAAAGGUAUACGUACGUCUUUUAAGAUCGCACGGCGCACGGCUUCUAACUUCUUUCUCUACACGCACCCAUUCUCACCAAAAAUCGUGCUCCGCUCCCGACCUUAUAGGAAAAGCCGGCUCAUUCAUACAAACUAGGUAUGAAUGGGCAUUUUCUCCGGGCAAACUCCUCGUAAAUCGGAGAUCUCUCCGCCCUGAAUUUCACCAGACACACAUUUUUCGAAUCCAUUAUACCUUCGUCGCCAUUUAAAUUACGUUUAGCCGUGUCAAUUUCAACGCGAUUCCGACCGAGUUCCAAAUUCCAUGAAGGAGUAAAAAAAACUAGACGAACAAAGGUUCGUCGGACGUGCUCCAUGCGAUAGAGCGCGAGAGCAUUUUCGAGAUCGCAGGUAUAGCUAUGCGUGAAUAUUUGUGUCUGUUUUUUUUUUUUUUUUUUUUUUUCUACUUUUCAAUUGCUUCCUCGAACCGUUACUCCGGCGAACCCCGAGAACUGCGUUGCAACAAGAGCCUUCGCCACUCAUUUUUGUACCGCGUGAAUCGAGUAGUUCGUUUCACCCGUCUGUUUGUCGGUUAAACACAUAUGUAUAAAACUGUAGGCUAUACAUACUCACGGUAUAUAUUUAUAAUGUAAAGUGCACGGAGAGAGCAAUGGUAAUUGUUCGGUCAGCUGAAGAGGCACUCCAUCAUACUUUUGUGCCACAUGAGAAAGAGAAAUGAAAAAACGUAGGAAAGCUUGCAAAGCGCCGCGACGGUGACAAACUGACAAUCAAAGGCACUCGAAAAAGUUCCGCACUCCUGAAAGGUAGAAGAAUGUUGAAAUACACGCACGCGGUACAUGUUCUUUACGGGGUUGUUCCAUGGUCGUUGUCGCAUAGAACCAGCGAAGCCUUCGUAAUGGGUCCGGGACAAUCUGGGGCAAUCCGUUAAUAAAACGACCCACUUGCGGCGAGAAAAUCUCUUCUCCAUAAAUAAUAUUCAUCAUCAUCCGGUACGAGGGAUGUGCCACACGCGUAUGUCCCGAUUAUUUUUUACACGCGCGCAUCUUUUUGAUGUUUUUUUUACGUCGGGUUUUCGCCGCCCCGGCCGACAAUCGGAAAUAUCGAGGCAACGAGAAUCCACGUGAUGUUACAUUGUUACCUCGAGCCUCGAACUUGAGGGUUGUAAGGAUAUUGUUGAGGCCCAUAACGAUGCAUCACACGCGACACAAUAACUUUCUAUCCUCGACCAAUCGACCGGAGGUAAUAAGCGGAACCGCCUACGAUGUAACGAAUAGUUUGGAUUUUAUAUUUAUACAAACGGUAACGAAGCCUCGCGCGGCUUUUGCCAAAGUGGCGAGGAUUUUUUUUUUACCUGGGGAAAAGCGCGAAGCGUCACGUUCGACGAAUAAAAACCGACGAACGUUCGGAAGAUUCAAAGUUCACCUUCAACGUGGCAAUGUUACGUUUGGAAAACAUCGAGUGUAACACGCUACGAAGGAGACAGUUUAUCAAUAGUUUUCUUCGACUGGGGAAACAUUUUCUGAAACUGACAGCGACUUUACGUAGAAAUAUUAUGCGCACACGUUGGAUUCGAAGGUAAUCGAAAAACAAUCGUAGCGAAAAGGUUUCGCGUGGGGGAAGAAUAUCAUACGUCCACCUGAUUACAUACGUUCGAUGUGCACGUGUCCAGCGAGUCGGAAUAUCAUAGAAGUUUCCCUAUUCGAUUACCCGUUCGACGUAUGAUCUCUGAUACCCAAACCGUGAAAUACACGCAUUAGGAGCACCUGUGCACUCCGCCCCGGCCUUUCGAUCGUCACUCCGGUCGACGACGAAGAGGAACAGAGAAGGAGACCAAACAGGAAAUUGACUUGUAUGGAAUGCGAAUGGAAGGGCGGUCGACCGUACCAUUUUAUUCCACGUACAUAAUAUCAACGCGAUGCGUUUUCAUGGAGAUACAAGCUUCGGACGUUGCUGUGCAAACGCAACACGAUGGGUUGAAACGAAAA